GUGGGUGUUUUGGUGCCUCAGGAGUGGUAAAUGUAAACUAGAGCCAACCAUCUACUAAAGUAUAUGAAGUUUUUUUUUUUGUUGUGUGUGUGCUAUGUGCCUAGUAGGAAAUGGCAAAGGCAGUGAGGCAAGACUUGAGUGUGGCUCAUAUCCCUUAGUGAGCAGCAGAGUACAGUGGGAUUGCUGCUAUGAGUAGUGGGAUUGCAGGGCUGUAGGAAAAGGGCAGGCACUUUUUUUUUUUUUUUUUUGCACUCAGUUUUUUUUUUCUUUCGGCUUUUACUGUCUCCUGAUCUAACCCAGAUGAGUUCCUAUUUUGUAAAUCCGCUGUACUCCAAAUACAAAGCAGGAGAUGCCAUAAAUCCGGGUUACUACGACUGUCAUUUUGCCCAAGAUGUUAGCAGCAGGCACUCUCUGGUGUUUAGUGCCAGUCCAAGUCUCCAGAACCCCAAUCAAGACUUCUACCACCCUGGGAACCCAACAACAGGCAUCCCGAAUCCUGCAGGCUAUCAGCAGGCUCCUUGUGGGAUUACUUGUCAUGGUGACCCCACUAAAUUUUACGGAUACGAUAACUUACAGAGACAGCAGAUUUUUACGACACAUCAAGAGGCCGAGCUGGUCCAAUAUCCUGACUGUAAAUCGUCCAGUGGUAAUAUUGGAGGGGAUCCAGAGCACUUAAAUCAGAACUCUUCUGCUUCUCAAAUGUUCCCCUGGAUGAGACCACAAGUAGUCCCUGGUAGAAGGAGAGGGAGACAGACAUACAGCCGAUUCCAAACGCUGGAGCUGGAAAAGGAGUUCUUGUUUAACCCUUACCUAACCAGGAAGAGGCGAAUUGAGGUGUCUCAUGCCCUAGGACUGACGGAGAGACAGGUCAAAAUAUGGUUUCAAAACAGAAGAAUGAAAUGGAAAAAGGAGAAUAAUAAAGAGAAAUUCCCUGUCUCCUCCCAAGAAGGGAAAGAGGAUAUAAAAGCAGAAGCAGAAGUAGACAGAGGAGAUAUUAAUAACUGACUUCCCUAUGUGAGACUUGUCAUAUAGUACAUGGUAUGGGGAGGAUACAAUUGCCUAAUCCAAACAUAAUCCACUAAUCUGCACUAAUCACCAUGGACUCAACUACCUAUUUUUUAGCAACAGCAGCACCAUUAUUAGGACUUUCUCAGGACUAUGGAACUACAUGGUGAUCAUGCUGGGAGAUGUAGUUCCACACACACACAUGGUGGGGCCCGAUGAUUAAAGGACUGCUGUCUGUAAACCUGUGUCCUUAAAUUAAAGUCACAUUUACUACCUAUACAGAUGAAAAAUGGCACAAUAAAGAUUUCCCACUAUCUUUUAAUUACAGACUAUAAAUGUUUUAAAGUAUGAAUGUUGAAAAAUAUGUAAUAACCUAUAUCAGUGGUCUUCAA